UGUGAUCGCAACCCAAACCCAUCAAACUUCUUCAUCCAACAUCACCAUCCCAGAAUUCAAUCUCAAACCGAACAAAAUACUUUCAGUCAUUUGUUGAAAUGACGAACAGGAGAUUUUAACCUCCAUUCCCAUUUUUCCAGGGUGCCAAGAAGAGAUUUGGACCGGAUUUCUUGGCCCUGCAAGAAUUGGAAAAAUAUUAUAUUUUCUUCUCUAUAUAUUUUUUUCUGGUCAAUGGGGAUAUCAUCUGACAAUGUUCAUGGACUUGUUCUGGCUGUCUCAUCAAGCAUUUUUAUUGGCUGUAGCUCUAUCAUCAAGAAGAAAGGUCUUAUAAAAGCUAGGGAUAGAGGAACCAGAGCAGGGUCGGGAGGGCAUUCGUACCUGUAUCAACCUUUGUGGUGGGCUGGAAUGGUAACCAUGAUUGUAGGUGAGAUAGCAAAUUUCGCUGCUUAUGCAUAUGCUCCUGCAAUUCUUGUAACUCCAAUGGGAGCUUUAAGUAUUAUCUUCAGUGCAGUGCUAGCUCAUUUUAUUUUGGAGGAGAAACUGCUUAUUUUUGGCAUGCUCGGAUGUGUUCUCUGUGUGGUUGGUUCUGUAACUAUUGUUUUGCAUGCUCCUCAAGAUAGAAUAAUUCAUUCUGUUAAGGAAGUGUGGUAUCUUGCUACAGAGCCAGGAUUCAUUGUCUACACAUGCAUAGUUGUGGUUGUGGUUGCUGUUCUCAUUUUCCGGUACGUACCACGCUAUGGGCAGACCCAUUUGGUGGUGUACAUUGGAAUUUGUUCUCUCACGGGCUCUCUAACGGUUGUGAGUGUGAAAGCAGUAGGGAUUGCUUUAAAGCUUACAUUUUCAGGAAUGAAUCAAUUUAUUUACUUCCAGACAUGGUUUUUCACAAUAGUUGUGAUAGCAUUUUGUCUUCUGCAGAUCAACUACUUAAACAUGGCUCUGGAUACCUACAACACUGCUGUUGUAUCUCCAGUUUACUAUGUCAUGUUUACAUCACUCACCAUUUUUGCCAGUAUGAUCAUGUUUAAGGAUUGGGACUCACAAGAUGCAUCACAGAUUGCAACUGAGUUGUGUGGCUUUGUCACAAUAUUAUCAGGGACAUUUCUGCUUCACAAAACCAAGGAUAUGGGAAAUAGUACACCUGUGCAGCCCCCUGUUUUUACAAGCCAAAGCCACCCCUGUUGA